AUGACCUCCCACUGGGCCGACGACGCUGCCCAGCUCCCCCUCGACUACCUCCGCGGCCUGGCUUGCGCCGACUCGACCGUCAGCGUCGAUGAGGAGUACCGCAUCCUUCAUAUUGCCUCUCCCGACAAGAGCAAGGUCGCGCUGAUCUCGGGCGGCGGCUCAGGCCAUGAGCCCUCCCACGCCGGCAUGGUCGGCACCAACUCGCUGACGGCCGCUGUCGGCGGCAACAUCUUUGCCUCGCCGAACGCGAACCAGGUGCGCCGUGCGCUCUCGCUCGUCGAGAACGAGAAGGGCACUCUCGUCAUUGUGAAGCGAUACACGGGCGACGUGCUGCACUUUGGCAUGGCCGGCGAGAGUGCGGCGAGCAAUGUCGAGUUCCUUGUCGUCGGUGACGACGUCGCGGUCCCGCGCUCGCAGGGCGAGCUUGUCGGCCGUCGUGGUCUCGCUGGCACGACGCUCGUGUACAAGGUCGCCGGCCACGCAGCAGCGCAGGGCAAGUCGCUGGCGGACGUAAAGAAGCUGGCCCAGACAGUCGCCGACAAUGUCGCGACGAUCGGAGCUUCGUUCGCCCACUGCCACGUGCCUGGUACGAAGCCGGACAGCAGCGAGAAGAUGGCCAUGGGCGAGUUCGAGCUCGGCAUGGGCAUCCACAACGAACCGGGACUCAAGCGGUACCCGCAGCAGAAGAAGAAGGAGCUGAUCGACCACAUGGUCAAGCUCCUGACCGACACGGAGGACAAGGAGCGCGCCUUCGUGCCAUGGGCCAAGGGUGAUGAGGCUGUCGUCAUGCUCAACAAUCUGGGCGGGAUGAGCGAGCUCGAGCUGGUUGGCCUCGUGCCCUUUGUCCUCGACGCCGUCCAGAACGCAGGCAUCAAGGCUGUCCGCCUCUUCGUCGGCACGUUCAUGACCUCGCUCGACAUGCCUGGUUUCAGCAUCACGCUCCUGCGCCUCGCAGACGCAAAAGACGCGAUCCUCGCAGGCGUCGACGCAGACAGCAGUGCGCCGGGUUGGAAGCGGCCGACGGUCCCCCGCUCCAAGCCGCAAGUCACGCCGAAGAGUGCGGGCGCCGAGCAGCGCCCCGCCUCGAACCUGAAGGCCGGGGCCGAGUUCAUCCCCGCGAUCGAGCGCGCAUGCGAGGCAGUGAUCAAGGCCGAGCCCGAGAUCACGCGCUACGACACAGUGGCGGGCGACGGCGACUGUGGCCUGACGUUGAAGGCGGGAGCCGAGGCGAUCCUCCGCGACAUCAAGAGCGGCAAGGUCAAGCCCGACGACGUGGUCAACUCGAUCCGCACCGUCUCGGACACGAUUGAGCGCGACAUGGGCGGCACGUCUGGUGCGCUCUACGCCAUCUUCUUCAGUGCGUUUGCCAAGGCCCUUGAUUCCGGCGACGCCAGUGGAGGGCAAGUCAGCGCAAAGCAGUGGGCCGACGCUGCCGCCAAGGCCCGCGACACGCUGCUCGGAUACACUAAAGCCCGGCCCCCGAGCCGCACGCUCGUCGACCCCCUUGUCGCGUUCACGGAUGCGCUGAGUGACGGCGAGGGCGCAAAAAAGGCAGCGGGCAAGGCCAAGGAUGCGGCUGAGAACACGAAGAAGCUCGCUGCUACGUCCGGCCGCGCAGCCUACGUCGACCAGGAACAGCUCAAGAAGGAGAACGUCCCCGACCCCGGCGCGUAUGGUCUCGCGCUCAUCUUUGAGGGCCUCGCGGGAAACUAG